CAAGUAAACCGCAAACCCAAAUGUCACAAGCGGAAACGUAGAUACGGCCGCGAAAAUCCCACAAGGUUUCAUGUAUUAUUUUAUUUGUUCGUAAUAGAGCCGUGGCCAUGAGAGCGACUCACGCUAUUAAACGACUAUGACCGGUGUCGUGACUAUCGGUAAGCGUAUGACGUAGUAUCAAUGAGUUAAAGUCAGUAGAUAAUUAGCAAUCACCGCGCGAUGUCGGGCCGCGGGCAGGACGAGGCCGAGAGCGAGUCUAAGCUCAUGAAACGGGCGCUGAGCGCGGCCUUCUAUGCGUUCGCCUCCUUCAUGAUCACCGUUGUCAACAAGACGGUGCUAACCACGUACGCCUUCCCAUCGUACCUGGUGCUCGGACUCGGGCAGAUGAUAGCGACUUUAGUGGUGCUGUGGGUCGGGCGGAGGAUCCGGCUGGUGCAGUUCCCGUCGCUGGACAUGAACGUCGCGCGCCGCAUCUGGCCGCUGCCGAUCAUAUACCUCGGCAACAUGGUGACUGGCCUCGGAGGGACGAAGGAGCUGAGCUUGCCAAUGCUUACCGCGCUGCGUCGCUUCAGCAUUCUCAUGACAAUGAUUUUGGAGAGAAUCAUACUGGGUGUAAGAGCAACAUGGCAAGUGCAAGGAAGUGUCAUGGCCAUGGUGGGAGGAGCGUUGCUGGCCGCAGCUGAUGACGUCACAUUCUCCUGGCAAGGCUACACGCUAGUCCUCCUCAAUGACGGUUUCACUGCGGCGAAUGGUGUUAUCAGUAAGAAGAAGCUUGACUCGAAGGAGCUUGGGAAGUACGGGCUCAUGUUCUACAAUGCACUCUUCAUGAUCGUGCCUGCAGCUUACGUUGCAUGGCAUGUGGGAGACAUAGAAGCAUCAAUCAAUUAUGAGCAUUGGGGUGAUAUGCUGUUCCUAAUUCAGUUCCUAACAUCGUGUGUCAUGGGGUUCGUACUAUCAUACAGUGUCAUGCUCUGUACACAAUACAACAGUGCCUUAACAACAACUAUCAUUGGUUGCCUUAAGAACAUUUUAGUUACUUAUCUCGGUAUGGUAAUCGGUGGGGACUAUGUGUUCUCGUGGCUUAACUUUGUAGGUUUAAAUAUAAGUGUGUUGGCGAGUCUUAUAUACACAUAUGUUACAUUCAAACGUAAACCUCAGGCUGUGUACAGCAAGAUUGCAGAAGCGAAUGCUCGUGUGGAUACUGUAUAGCAGUAUCUGAAACAUAGGACCCAGUGCUCUACGUUCCUAGUAUAGUAUUGAGUUACCAAAGAACAGUGGAUUUUGUGAAAUCUCUUAUUUUAACUGUUGAUCAAAAGUGAACAAGUAAAUUAUUUGUGCUAUACUUAUAUUUGAACGCUAUACUCUGUAUCUGUAGGUACUUGAAUAAAAGUAAACAUAAUUGUACAUUUUCGGGUAGCUAUAACAUUUAUUGACUAAACAACCAAAUACAAAACCACCGGGAUCUGUCACUGAACUACCUGACUUUAACGUACAUUAUUUGAUCAUGUAAUGUUUUCAUCUACUCUCAACUGCCUUAAGAAGCCAUUUGAGGGUAGAUUUUAUUUACUCUUUUUUAAAUACCUAAAGAUACAGACUAUAGUACAGGAGCAAAUCUCCAAUAUUUGAGGUAGAAUGUUUUACUGCCUUUUCUUUACUAUGUUAAUGCAUUCAAACACUGAAAUCAGUGGUAUCUUUUAGCUCCUCUACACGAUGGGCCAACGCUGGCCACUUCAAGGGAUGCAUGUAUGCAGAUGGAGCAAGUGAUAUUGCUAUCUCAUUCUACCGCAUGGCUGCGUCCUGUGGAGUGGCCGGCGUUGGCCCAUCGUGUAGAGGAGCCAUUACGAUUUUAUCAUUCUAAACAUUUGUUACUUUUUUUUGAUAAUAGACACUUUGUUCACAUAUUUGUGAUCACUUUGGCUGCUCCGAUAUAUUUGAUGAUGACUGUUAUACUAAUGCAAACAAAACAGAAAAUUUUUUCUUACUAAAUUUCAAGAAUUGUUCUCAGAUUUCGUUAUAACCAUAACAUAUUGGUUAGAAUAAAGUUUGUACUGAAAACGCACUGAAACAUUCCACGUUUCGAUAUUUAUUUUACGACUAGAAACAUAAAAUAAUUGCAUUUCAAUAUUGUGGAACAUUCGGCAUUAGGUAAUAGUUAGUGAUAACUAAUAAGUAAUAAAUAAUGAUACCUAAAUGCAAUAAUUGUAAUAUAAUAUGCGAAUUUGAUAUGCGUGUAGCUUAAAAAAUAAUGUCAAAUCCUGUAUGGCAAAACACACGUAAUAUACAACAAUCAACUGGCAAAAACUUCCCUAUACAAAGAGGUGUCAGGCAAGGUGACCCACUAUCACCAAAGUUAUUCUCCGCUGUCUUGGAACAAAUUUUCAGGAAACUCGAAUGGGAACACCUUGGCCUCAACAUAAAUGGCACACGCCUAAACCACCUCAGGUUUGCCGACGACAUAGUCUUGUUUGAGGAAAACCCAAAAGAACUAGAAUGCAUGCUAUUGGAUCUAGCAAAACAGAGUGAGGCAGUGGGACUGGAGCUUAACUCAGACAAGACUAAAUUGAUGACAAAUUCUAGGAGACAAGAAAUUGCAGUUAAUGGAUUCAGUCUGGACUAUGUUGAAGAAUAUGUAUAUCUAGGUCAAAUAAUAUCAUUCAAGAACCAAAUGGAUAAAGAAAUUGACAAAAGAAUAGCAUCCGGCUGGAGCAAAUAUUGGUCACUCAAAGAAAUCAUGAAAAGCAACCUUGGUAUACGGAUAAAAAGCAAAACUUUUAACACAUGUGUGCUUCCAUGUCUAACCUAUGGCUGCGAAACUUGGUCUCUUACUAAAAAACAACGAGAUAAACUUGCAAAGUGCCAGAGAGCUAUGGAGAGGAGCAUGCUCGGUGUAAAAUUACAGGACAGAAACCGCAGCUCUGACAUAAGAACCAGAACAAAAGUGACAGACAUCCUCACCCACAUAGACAGGCAAAAAUGGAGGUGGGCAGGCCACACUAUAAGAUGCAAAACAGAGAAGUGGAGCCAAAGAAUUCUCAUGUGGCACCCUACAGAUGGAUCAAGAUCACAAGGCCCUCAAUUAACACGAUGGGAAGACGAAAUUAUACUCACAGUGGGACCACUCUGGACAAGGGUGGCAAGAGAGAGGAAAUACUGGAAGGAGUUGGAGGAGGCCUUUGCCGACAGGCACACUGAACCAAGAGACUUCAUAUAAACAUUCAAAACUAAAAAUCAACAA